AGAUGUUUUUUAGGAAAUUGUGCUCAUUUCCUUUCCUCCCACCACUAGAUGUUAAAACCAAGUUUUACAAUUUGGAGAUGGAUGACUUAUUUCUUGAAGUCCAGAUUCAGAAUAUUUCAUCUUCAACUCUGUUCAUAAAAAAGGUUUCCUUAGACCUGCCUGUAAUGUACACUGUGGCAGAAUUAAAUACAGUCAACGAGGCUGGCAAAGAUGAAAGUACUUUUGGAACAAGGACAUUUUUGCAGUCAAUGGAAGGACGCCAGUAUUUAUACCACCUUCAGCUCAAGCAGGAAUUUAUAGAGAAAGCUAGUACCAUUAGGGGACUAACAAAAAUGGGAAAAUUGGAUAUAGUGUGGAAAAGAGAUCUCGGUGAAAUGGCACUGCUCCAGACAAUCCAACUUGAAAGAGAGGCCCCAGGAUAUGGAAAUAUGAAGUUGUCUUUAGAGACAAUCCCAGAUACUGUAAUUCUAGAAGAGCCGUUUCAUAUUACCUGUAAGAUAACAAACUGCAGUGAUAGGAAAAUGAAAUUGAUCUUGAAAAUGUGUGAUACAGAUUCUAUUCGUUGGUGUGGAAACUCAGGAAGGAAUCUUGGAAAGCUGCCUCCAAGUUCAUCUCUCUGCUUUACCCUCACACUACUCUCCUUGAAACUGGGCCUGCAAAGUGUCUCCGGCAUAAAGAUAACAGACAAAUUAUUAAAAAGAACAUAUACAUAUGGUGAUGUUGCAAAAGUCUAUGUAAAACCUUCCAUUGUUAAAAUAAAAAGCUGA